CUUUCUUCAGAUCAAUCAUCUGUCAUCAAUUAAAGAUAUUAUUUUGGAAAGGUUAAUUCUUUCUUAAAAUUUAUUUAUUCUUUAUAAAUUUUUCGUAACAAAUUUUAAAUAUAAAGAAUAUGCAUCAAACAAGUGUAAAAUGUAAUGUAAAAUUAUGUUCAAACAAUGAUGUUCCGCCAUCGUCAGUAAUCCGCACUUGCCUUGGUCCAUCCUUGGCACAAGUAUUUUUUGACUAUACUCAUCAUGAUACAUUAAAAUUAUUAGAUGUACUAAUAACAUCAAAAACAUCAAAACCAUGCUUUUCAAUUUCUCCCGAGGAUCAAAUGAUCAAAAAUGAUGUACCACCAACAGAUCAUCAAAUCAUAAAAGCAUUUGUACAUCAAAAUAUAUUAGAGAUAGGUGAAGCUCUCUUAGAAAAUUUAAAAAAGGAAGUUGAAGAAAAUUUAAGGGAAAAAGUAGAAAGGCAAUCACGAGAGAAGUUUUAUUUAUAUCAAGCAAAAAAAAGGCGAGAAGCCGAUCUGCAAACACAACAAUUGCAUGAAAAAUACCAGAAUUUCCUUGAAUCUGUUCGAGUUAAUUUACAAAAACAGCUCGAAAAAGAAUGGUUUAAAGCAGCCGAAGAAUGUGCCAAGAAUACUCAAAAAGCAAUUAUACAAGAACGGAUGAAUAUAACACAGGAAAUGAUACGAAAGAUGCGCGUAGAAAUCACUCAUAUUACACAAUCAUUAUAUAAUGAUUUUGAAAAAUUAUUUUGUGCUAAAAGAGAUACUAUAAUCGCUGAUUUCAACCAAAUCAUGAGGAAGAGGCAUAUUAAAUUUAAAAAUGAAAUGCAAGAAUUAAAAGAAAAAGCGAAUAGAGAUAUGUAUAUUCAAAAACGUCAAUUUGAAAUGCAAAGUGUCACAGAUAUAAUUUAUGUUCUUUGCUUAGAGCGAGUACGAAGUAAUAGAGAAAAACAUGCCAUACAUAAAUACUUCGAGGACGAUACCAUUCUGGAUCUUUAUGAAGACUUGAUAUUUUUGGAUGAUAAAAUUCACGCAUCAUAACAAAUGUGUGUGAAACUUUACUUCGUGGAAUUGGUGGAUAAUCUGAUAGAUGCCAUCCAUAUAUCCAAUUUGUACACUCCGGAUAGUAAUAACGACUUUCUGGAAGAUCUUUUAAUCUAAAAUAAUUAAUGAAAAUAUUAGUAAAAAAUAUUGGUA